UGGGUUUCUUAAUUGUUGGUGCACGAAUUAUUUGGUACUGUACUUUGAACUUACCAGUGAGUACAGGGGAUGCUUGUAGGCGCCUGUCGCAGAAUCGCAGUCGGAGUUUGAAACCCACCUCAAUCGUCGAGCGCUUACUCAAGCCAAUGAGAUAGGGUUGGGGUCAAGUUGAGGGUUAUCUUGUCGUGUGACCGACUCGGAUGUGUACUCCAUUGCGCCUUUGCUCCUUUCUUUCUCCAUCCACAACCACCCUAGCUGCUAAUUUGUCGACAUCUGAAGUUGUUGCGUUAAUUCUCCCGAAGUUGAAUGUCUAAGUCGUGGUUAUCUUUACCUAGGUUCUCAGGGAAGCACAACAAGUUUUUCCGAGCGCUUAGCCAAGGUCAUUUCUUCACAUCUUUUGUUCGCUCGUUCAGUCCGACCCAGAGUAAGAUGGCACCAACUAUUGGGCCAGAAUUACCCUCUUUGCAUCCUGUAAGCAGCAGGGGGCGCAACGCACUGACUCUGAGAAGGACAGUACCGAAAGUUUCACUGGAAACACGAGAGGAUACGUUCGCAGCACGGUCAUCAUCGCGUUCUUCGACCGCAUCUAUCCAGUUUGACGAAACCGCAGGCGAUGUAGUGCGCGUGGAAGGUUUGAAACACUCUGACGAGAGGCUGGAUGCACGCCGGUACAAAUCUGCAGCAUUUGCUGAGCAGUUAUCUUCGAUUCUACACACUUUGUGUCUCCCAUUCUGGACUGGCGUCAGUGCAUCAGCCAUGAAGAUCGAGAAAGUUUCCGGAUCUUUGACCAAUGCCGUAUUCUUUGUGUCAUGUCCCUCUACCCCAUCGAUUCCCAUACUUUUGCUUCGCAUUUACGGUCCCUCGUCUGGAUCUAUGAUUUCUCGCCCACGAGAACUUCAGAUUCUCCAUGUACUCUCUUCUCAGUAUCAUAUUGGACCACGAGUUUAUGGCACUUUUGAGAAUGGUCGAAUUGAAGAGUACUUCGAUUCUGCUCCCCUCACGCCAGCAGACAUGCGGGACCCACAGGUUAGCUCUUGGAUCGGCGCCCGCAUGGCUGAGCUCCAUCAAGUAGACAUUGAUACAGUUGAAGGAUCUCCCGAAGCACCUUGGGAGGUCGGUGCGAAGAAGAACGUCAGGGCAUGGCUGCUUCCUGCUAAGGAAGUCCUCUCGCUUCCUUCGGUCUCUGACGCGAUCCGGAAGGAUUUGGAUUUGGAUCGUUUCCAAGCCGAGUGGGAAGGGUACAUACGUUGGCUCGAUGAGAAGGAACAGCAAGUCGGGACCAGCAGAAGGGUUUUCGCACAUAACGACACCCAAUAUGGCAACCUUUUGAGAUUGAACUCACCAAAACCUGGUAUUCCCGAACAUCGUCAGAUCAUUGUAGUUGAUUUCGAAUACGCAUCGCCGAACCCCGCGGCUUUCGACAUAGCCAAUCAUUUUCAUGAAUGGACAGCAAAUUAUCAUUCUGACACUCCUCACCUUCUCGAUCCCAAAACCUAUCCAACCCUCGAACAACGGUACAACUUCUACCGUGCCUACAUUAAACACUAUGGCACUUCUAUCACGUCGGAUGACGAGGUCAGUGGAUCGUUAGAUGACCAGAUGACCACUCUGGAUCGUCAAGUGCAGCUCUGGAGCCCCGCGUCUCAUGCCCAGUGGGCUGUGUGGGGAGUUGUUCAGGCACGUGAGUCGUUGGAAGCGAAGGAUGGUGAACCUCCCGAGUUCGAUUAUAUUGGAUACGCAAGAUGCAGGAUGGAGGGUUUUCGUCGGGAAUUGCGCGCACUUAUGUCAUGAAUGAAAGCAGUCAUGGAGUGGUGGAUACCUCAUUUGUUUGCCAGAUCUGAUCCCUCGGGCUAUGUAGACAUCGCAAUAUGACGAUUGUACACAUUGCGCUUUAGAGUAUCUUGCGACGGGAUACCCAAUGUAACGUUCUGUAAUGUAGCUCCUCAUGUUCACGGAAUCGACACACAAGUAUCAGCUAUCAUACUCAUACCAUGACUGACUCAACGACAAAUGAACGAUAAUUGUAUUGACAUAAAAUAAACAUAUUGACGAGGGAGCGGAGAGAUAUAUUAUCCUAUGUCUGGAGAAUAAGUCAAGCUUGGUUCGACAAGACGAGCAAAAGGACGAGGCAGCAAUGAUCAGAGGCGGAAGCACAAGAAAACACAAGGGAAAGCAAUGCAUGAAAGGGGGAAUAGUAUGCACAUGAGGGGGUAGGUUGAAGAAAAGAAAAGAAAAAGACCAAGACAUGUUUGAGUCUCGCGCUCGGCGGAGGCAAGUAGAAGCAUACAAAGAGAGAGGCGGGGAUAUGUACGAUGAGUGGAUAUGUACGUCGCACUUUUACGCACGUCCAUUGAUACAAACACAAGCACAAGAAUAAAGAACAAUACCUAACUAUUCGAGCAUCCCUGGGUUAGCAAACACCUCUUGUCGCUCUUAGACCCAGUUUUUCUCGGUCGCACGGGACCCAGAAUUGUACUCCGCCCAUGGGGAGUUCACUUUUGACUCGCCACCUGGGAUGGAGGAGAGAGGAUAAGCCGUCAAAUGGCUGCUCCGAGUUGCAGCACCCCAGUUUCCUGCACUGCCGGACCGCACAUGACCAUUGAUACGAGAACCCCUCAAGGGCUCCGGAGGGGACAGCGAGUAUUGGUUCGAAGAGGCAGUAGGCGUCGUAACGCUACUGAAAUCUAGUUGAUCGCUACCGCUGAAAGAGUGGCGAAGGUUGGGAUUACCGGUAGGCGUCUUGGAGAGUCG